AUGACGAUGGAGGAAGCCGCGCAGGAGGUGCGACGCAUCCUCUGUCAGAAUGAUGUGGGGGAGGCGCUGCACUACCUUUCCACCGUAGCGCGAAGCAUCGAGGCCAACCAGCACGAUCUUCGCGCGGUUAUCGGCAACUCCUAUCGAGAUCUCCUCGGUGCCUGUGAUGGUGUCGUGGGGAUGGAGCGGGACUGUGCAGACAUCCUGACCAUCGAGGAGGCGAUGGAGCGGCUUAGUGCGGCGCGCGAUGUAGACGGCUGCAGCCGUGCCGGGGCGGCGGACUCCCAGCCGCUUCUACCGCCCUCGUGGUUUGCCACACGCCUUCGCCGACAGAGGCGUGUGGUCACGGCAGCACCCACUUCCAUCGCCACCGCUGGCAACAGCAACAACAACAACAAUACUUCGAGCGAUACACCGUCGCACCGGCUUGUGAUGAAAGGGUAUGCCACCACCAGCCGGAGCAGCAGGAGGAGGAGUGAAGGGAAUCGUGGCGCUAACGCCAGUUCGGCGACGAACGGGGACUGUGGCAGGAAUGUCCCGAAUAAGACAGAACUCGACUCGGCGUUGGGGCUGCCCAUAGUGGAGUUGCCUCUGCCGCCCGCGGGGCCAACUUACGCGAAGUCGAAGGGCGCACACCAAAGCGCUGCAGUAGACGGAGAGACGGGCUCAGUUGCUUUCAUUGGCCAGCGGAUGUAUGUGAGCGAUGAAUUGCAGGCAUUGCACCUUGAUUACAUGGCGCUGGAGUCUGCAACGGCCUCGAUGGGGCGAGGUACAGCUGCGGUUGAUGCCGAGCUGUCGAGUCUCCUUGCUAACUCUACCACGCUUGCGUCCUUGUUGCUUCCGACGAACCAACUCGAUGAGCGACAGGACUACCACGACUCGAGUCAUGCGCACCACUCGCCGCAUGACGCCGCCGCAUUGGCUGCUGAAAGCCGAAAGAAACACGAGGAUCUUCUCUGCGCUUUGGAGCGUGAUUUACCUCUGCUCCGUCUUGCGCGUCGUCUGCGCCGAGUGCAGGCGUUUCUUCUCCUCUAUGCAGACGACAACGGCAGCGUACAGUCUUCUAUGUGUAUCGGCGACGCCCCCACUGCAUCAUCCGUCGCGCUUGCCGACGUACGCGGUCAAAGCAUGAUGCGUUCCGCUAAGCAGCCUCCGUCGUGGGUCACUGGCUUUCAGCGACGAGUGACGGCCCUUGAGACGCGACUCGUGAAGCUGAUGCUGCUGCGUCUGCGCCGUGCUGCUGACGAUUACGCGUGGCUUGUAGAGCAGCGGGAUCGACUUGCAGGGCAGAUGCUAAAGGUCGAAACUGAGUCUGAUCUGAGGGACUCCUUUUCAGAGACGAGGACUGUGCGAGCUGCGGAAAAGCGCCAUCUGAUGUAUGUGUGGGUGACGUUUGCUCAGUUUCACGGCGCUCUGCGGGCUCUUCGUGGCUCACCCACGCUUGUGAACGCCCUCGUGGCGUGUGCGCCAGGCGCUGCACUGCCGGGUAAAUCGGGAGUGCGUCCGUCAGGGACACAAGACACGAGGCCUGCUGCAUCGUCGACGGGGAUCGCGUCACUUGAGGGUGCCGUGGAUGCGCUGUACCAGCUGGCUUCACAGGAUGUGCAGUCCAUCGUUUCGGCGGUUGUGGGCACAGCGGCGGCGCCGGUCGCCUCCGCGGCAGUAGGUGAGGUGCUUCCUGGUGUUGCUGAUCCGAGUCGGAUGCUGCUGGCUUUUUUGGCUGUGUUGCUACUGCGUGAGAGCCAACUGAGCGCGGUGCGGUGGACUGCUGUGGCGCCGUCGUUCAUGUCGGACGCACUCCCGAGCUCCAGUGCACAGCCGCAGACCGCGACGUAUUCCUCUUCGCAGCCGUCUUCCUUCCUCCCUGCUAACAGAGGAGGAGGGGGAGGCGGCGAGGGCACGGCCGCGGCCGUGGGCCGCAGAUGGAGCUGCACCAAAUCGGAGGGUGAUGUGACACUGCUGCCACCCACCGCGACGUCCACCAAGACGCGCGUCUUUGCAACGGCCACCCACUUAUCGGCGCUGGGGUUGGUGGCGGCUACAGCGGACCACCCCGCGACUUCCACAACGACACCCGUGGCGGUGGGCGAUGAGACGUCGAACACGGCGUGGGCCUUGCGGUGUUUCUCUGGCCUCUCGUUUCUACUUCGCGCCUUUGCCGACUACGUUGACCUGGUGCAGGCCGCCUCCGCAGAGGUGCCCCCAGCGACAGCGGGGCUUCAUGAGGAGACAGUCGUUCUAUCCCUGCUGCAGCGCGCCUGUGUGGCGGACGAGGAGGCGUCAGGGGAGCCGCGCGAGGUCGCUGGCCAUGUCGCCGGCGCUGUUGCCGGUGCACAGUCGCUCGACGAGUUGCUGCAGUGGCGCUUGCGCAAUGCCUGCGGGAGCGCUGCCGCCAGCGGCGUGCCUGAGGACUCUCCAGGCACCCCCCUCGGCUCCUUCGCCGCGACGGACACUCUCCCGUCAUCUCUUGUGGGCAGAAGCGACACACCGAUGCGCGACUCGGAUGGGAUCGUGGCGGUAAGCGUGGCUCUCGGUGUGGCACCAUCCCAGGCAGGAGCAGUGACUCGGCGGCGUGCGUACGUUGAGCUACUCCGGGCGAGUGUGAACACGGUGGACGAGUUGCAAGCCAGUGUCGCGCCAUCGAUGGCUGUCGGUGAGCGCCCGCUUUCCAGUCGUGCAGACGCCGCAGCAACGGAGGAUACGUCCACCACCUCUGAGGCGGCAGAUCUGGUGCCACUGCUGCGCCUUGUAUGCCAUCAGCUGCUUGCCCCCUGUGUGUCAUCGCUGGUGGUCUUGCUUGCACGUGAUCCAGUGGUACUAGCGGGGCACAGUGAGGGUCAGAGCAGACUGGAUACCACGCCCGCGAUGCAUGAGGCGCGCGAGGCUUUGCGGCAACUACUGCAGGACGGCCUACCGCACCGUUUACUGUCGGGAGCGCGGGGCCCCAGGAUACCAUCUGGUCUCUCCGGCCUUGGGCAAACGUGGGCCACCGUCGACACGGCGCGGUGGUGGGAGCUGGUGGAGCAGACGACCGUGCACGCGGCCCUGCAGCGGUGCGUGACCGUUGCCUUGGAGUCUGUGAGCUUCGUCGAGGUUUGUAUUUCACAGGGCCUAAUAGCCUCAGCCCUGUGCAUGCUACAGGGCAGUGUCGAGGGCAGUGACACUGAGCAUGAGCACCAUGUGAGCAGCGUCAGCGGAGACGGCAACACCUAUCACGGCUUCACUGGCGCAUCAGCGCUAGAGAACACAUGGCCUGCGCUAUUCUCCGUACUCCGCUUGCAUGCGCUCUCGACUGUGGACUCGGCGAGUGGCGCCGGUGUGUCGGGCUCACUUGACGGCUCUGAAAGAGCAAGUCGUGCGGAGACAGGGCAGAGAGGCGUUCCGAGCUUUACUGGGAGUACCACCUUGGCGCCGAUACGCGGACACACUGGACGCCGUGGCGAGAGUGGUGGCCUCUCGUCUGCGAUGGCGGGCAUACGCUGGGCUCGUUUUCGGCCACGGGCAGCGACAGGGACCGCCGGCAGCGCGCACGGGACUCUCCGCGUGACAUCAGGCGAAGGCAUUUUUUCCGAAGAAGGGCUGGAGUGGGGUCGCGCAGCAUGCCGGGCGGCGCGGCUACCUCUGUCAGGGAUGUCUGACACAGUGGACGCGAAGGGGGUGGAGCAGCAGCCGGCGCUGGACGCCGCUGCAGCCAACGCUGGUCUGAGUGCCUCUCAGCAGGCACAACUCGCGGCGAUAUUGAGCGGCAUGCGCGACAUGCUAUUUCCGGACUGGGAGGCGCGUUUUAGUGCUGAGCAGGAGUCAAUGGGCAGCGCUCAACUUUGUGCUCCUCAUAUGAACGGCCACGCUGCCGAGCUGCUGCAUCGGUGUCUGCUAACCCUCGUGGAGGCGGUGCAGGCGCAGACUGCCGCGGUGCAGGCAUCGGCUGGUGAUGGCAGUGCGGGAUCACCACCGUCAACGCUAUCGCCGCCACCGCCGCUGCACAUGCGCAUCGAGCGAUGGUUGAAGGACGCUCUUCACCGUGUAGCGGCGCAGCUGCGCAAUACUGGGACAGGCGCAACCCCCAACGAGACGAACGCGGCUGUGGUGCACAGCUACGAACUGUCGCUGCUCGUGCGGGUGUACUUGGCGGUGCUGCAGGCGCUGCGGAGGGCGGCUCCACCAAGCGAGGAGACACGGUUGCUGCAACUUUGCGCUGAGGCAGAGGAUCUCUACGAGCGGACUCAGGCACCAUGGCAAGCGAUGAUCAUUCAGCUUUAUCGCACGGCCCUCCAGCAGGCAUACACGUCACUUCUGAGGCUGAGAGAGAGCGGAGGCAAGGAGUCAGCGAGCCCUGCAGUGGCUAGCCGUGCCGGCACGACGCUGCGUCGAAUGACACACUUGUACUCGGCUGCAUGGGUUCGCGCACCGAUGGUGGGUGACGCCGCGCCGGGUGACAGCAGUGCCAGCGGGAGUCACGGGAUCGCCUAUCCUGCGCAGCCUACACCCGCCGUCAUGAUGCUAACCCAGACGGUGCUGCGCUACCUCCACCAGGCGCUGUACGGUGUGCCAACUGUGUUUAGUGACUCUCCCGAGCUGUUCAUGCCAUCAUCGAGAACUGAAGCUACGCAUGAUGCCAGUGCCGCCUCCAGGCAAGGCCAGAGUGACGCCGCCUCCGCAGCAGCCUCGGUGCGCUUUAGCGGCGCCAGGAGAUGCGGCUUGCAUAUGUUGGUAAUGGAGAAGGAGCGACGGCGAGUGCUGGAACGCCUUGCCGAGACAUCAGCGGAGGUCUACGAAUUCGAGCUCUGCCCCCUCGUUGAUGUGGUAGGUGAGAGCGGUGACCGGGCGGCUGCGGCCCUCGUCAGUGUGGUGUCAGUGGGGGACACUGCACCAACCGCUGCUGCUGCCACGCAGAGCCAGGCAGAUCACGUGCGCUUGCAAUGGUAUAUGGAUGUGCUUUUCACUUCGUCCGUGUGGUGUGCGGGGAGAGGGAACGCAGGAAGCGGCAGUAGCAGCAGCGCUGGGCUCUUCGCCACCGAAGCGGACUCACCCGCUAUGCCGCGUUUUACACCCGACGCCGGUAGAAGUGGCGUCCGCGCCGACGCCGCAGCGAGUUUUGUGGACGGGCCAUUGCGACGCGUCGCGCGCCAUCUCGAGAGCACGUGCGAUCCGGUGCGAUGGCGCAGCGGGGCUCCGCUCGUACUCUCUUCGUUUCAUCGGUUUAUCUCGGCAAGCGCGCACCUGUGGGUGGCGCACAGUGAGGAGUCGCACGAGGGAGGUGUGCGCGAUACAUGCAGCGGCGAGGCGCUUCACGCCCCCUCUGUGGCCGCUGCCGUGGCUUCAAAGCCGUUUGCCGCCACCAGCGCGACGGCUGCCGCGCCGUUCUCCGCUGAGCAGCUUCUCUUUCCACGGGAGCGAGUGAACCGCCUUGCACUGCUGCCGAUCGCGGUGUCGUCGAAUGCGGCGUUGGCUGCUGCCGCCGCCUCUGUGGGGUCCGGCGGCACGCCGUCCGCAGCGGCUGCCAGCGCUGCCGCCCUUGUCCCGCAGACGUACUUGCGUGUGCCUCAGACGGCGUCGGAGUUAAGUCUGUACCAGACAUCGUCAUCCACUGGCGUGCUGCCCACUGAGCCGUUUCGUUUUGGAGGUGCCUCGUCUGCAGCGGUGGCUGUGGCGGCGGCCGGCGGUGGCGUCGGCGUAUCGUCACUUGUAUACCCCACCAGUGGCGGCCACGACGCCUCGCCGGGCUGGGCGCUUGGCGGCCUGGGUGAAUCGGACGUGAUAGAGGUAGGCGGGGCCACCGCCCCUGCAGGCUCGACCUCGGCGGCGGCGUCCGCAGCCAGCGCACUGUGGGGCACCACCCAACGAGGGUGGGGACAACUGUGGGGCACGGGCUGA